AUGCUGAGUCUAAGAACUUGUCCAUCUCUUUCCCUCCCAUUCUCACCAUCCAAACAAUCAAAAAACCCCUCUCCAUCCUUCAAACCCUACCACCAAUCUCCACCGUCCAAAUCUCAAUCUUCAAUCAAAAUCUCUUCAUCUUCCGCACCUCACUCCCAAGGGAUAGAACAUAUUGUACUCAUAAAAGUCAAAGAAAAUACAGAAUCCUCAAAAAUCAAUGCCAUGAUCAACGAGAUGCAAUCAUUAGUCACACUUGAACAAGUUCGUCACCUUACUCUAGGACCAAUCCUAAGCAACAACGAAACCGCAUCAACAACAAUACCUUUAUCAGAUCUUCGUUACACUCACUUGUUCCAUAGUCGUUAUGAUUCAGAGGAGGAUCUUCAAACAUAUAAUGACCACUCUAAACAUAUUAACGCUGUAAGAGGAUUUAUUUUCCCUAUCUGCGACGACCUUUUGGUGGUCGAUUGGAUAGCCGGAGACAUUGCUCUCCCGCCACAUCCUUCGCCCGGUACUGCAUUUCGGGUGAGUUUCUUGAAACUCAAGGAAGAAAAGGAGAAGGACGUUGAAGUUAAGGAUGAGGUUUUUCGGGCUAUCGGAGAUAUUAAGGAGAAUGUUGGAGGAGUUAGUUAUGUGUCUUACGGUGAGAAUAUAUCUCCGGCUAGGGCGAAGGGGUUCUCGAUAGCGUCGCUUGUGGUUUUUCCGGGACGGGAGGAGUUGGAGAGUGUGGACGCUGGUGAGGGUUUGGUUAAGGUUAAGGAGCAUUUGGAAAGUGUGGUGGUGGUUGAUUAUGUGGUUCCUUUCAAGUAG